UCUCCCACACACCCUGUGUUUCAUGAAGACAGGGACAGAGACGUAGAUAGCCUUGACGCUAACCCGAGCCAUAGGCCCCCCCAUUGGAAAAGCUAACCGCUAACCUAUAACCGCUAAUCUGGUAUUAGCUCCCUGGUAGAAGAAGACAGGAUUAAGAUGAGAGGUGGUUUAGCAGCAAACAACCUGCUUUUCAUUGUGUGAUCGCAUCGCUCCAGGGAAGGACCGGGAACGAAGAAGCGGGAACGAAGAACCGGGAACAAAGGACCGGGAACAACGGACCGGGAACGACGGACCGGGAACGAAGAACCGAGAGGAACCACCAUCAACAUGAGAGCUGUCCAGAACUGUAUGGUCCUCCUCGUCACACUACUCUUCCUCGCUUCAUGCUGUGAAGCCCUACGAUGCUAUACAUGCAUGGGCUUUGAUGAUGAGGACUGCAAUCGACAGGGCUCCACAACCUGUCCAAGCCACUCUGACGCUUGUGCUGUGGUCCGAGGACAAGGAAGCGGAGUGAUGAAGUCCUGCUCCUACAAGUCUUUCUGUAGCCAGGCCAACAGUCAGGGUUACAGGUUGCCAGGGGUCAGAUUUCACUGCUGUUUCUUUAAUGACUGCAACGUGACAGGAAACACAUCCAAUCUGGGAGGAAGUCUCAGCUACCCGCUACUCUUCCUACCCCUGUUCCUCCACUGGAUACCAAUCUAACUACCUAUCCCAAUCUAACUACCUAUCCCAAUCUAACUACCUAUCCCAAUCUAACUACCUAUCCCAAUCUAACUACCUGCUACUCUUCCUACCCCUGUUCCUCCACUGGAUCCCAAUCUAACUACCUAUCCCAAUCUAACUACCUAUCCCAAUCUAACUACCUGCUACUCUUCCUACCCCUGUUCCACCACUGGAUCCCAAUCUAACUACCUAUCCCAAUCUAACUACCUGCUACUCUUCCUACCCCUGUUCAACCACUGGAUCCAAAUCUAACUACCUAACCCAAUCUAACUACCUGCUACUCUUCCUACCCCUGUUCAACCACUGGAUCCCAAUCUAACUACCUAUCCCAAUCUAACUACCUAUCCCAAUCUAACUACCUAUCCCAAUCUAACUACCUGCUACUCUUCCUACCCCUGUUCCUCCACUGGAUCCCAAUCUAACUACCUAUCCCAAUCUAACUACCUAUCCCAAUCUAACUACCUAUCCCAAUCUAACUACCUGCUACUCUUCCUACCCCUGUUCAACCACUGGAUCCCAAUCUAACUACCUAUCCCAAUCUAACUACCUAUCCCAAUCUAACUACCUGCUACUCUUCCUACCCCUGUUCCACCACUGGAUCCCAAUCUAACUACCUAUCCCAAUCUAACUACCUAUCCCAAUCUAACUACCUAUCCCAAUCUAACUACCGAUCCCAAUCUAACAACCUAUCCCAAUCUAACUACCUAUCCCAAUCUAACUACCCGUUACUCCUCCUACCCCUGUUCCACCACUGGAUCCCAAUCUAACUACCUAUCCCAAUCUAACUACCUAUCCCAAUCUAACUACCUGCUACUCAUCCUACCCCUGUUCCACCACUGGAUCCCAAUCUAACUACCUAUCCCAAUCUAACUACCUAUCCCAAUCUAACUACCGAUCCCAAUCUAACUACCGAUCCCAAUCUAACAACCUAUCCCAAUCUAACUACCUAUCCCAAUCUAACUACCCGUUACUCCUCCUACCCCUGUUCCACCACUGGAUCCCAAUCUAACUACCUAUCCCAAUCUAACUACCUAUCCCAAUCUAACUACCUAUCCCAAUCUAACUACCUAUCCCAAUCUAACUACCUAUCCCAAUCUAACUACCUGCCGACUGACCAACCGGCCGGAGUGCGAUGGGGUCAGGUGACCCCUGUCCUACCAUCCACCUCAAUAUAGGCAGACGUCCUUAUCCCAUCCUUCUCUAACUAAUUCCUCCACUCUCUGUUACUCAAACCCAAACCCAGGUGUAGGUUACACCUGUCCACCUGUCUACCUGUCCCACACCAGCGUUUCUUUCAUUCCUCAAGCAACAACAUUACAUACAUGCCAAAACGCGCUUGUGCAUGUUAGCGUAAUAUACAGUGUCAUAAGAUGUAAAGAUCUUAAAGAACUAAAAGAUCUGAACUGGUUUCAAAUGGAAUAAUUUACAGUUAACCUGGACAGGUGUAGGUUAUACCUGUCCAGGUAGACACGGGUCUUUUCCCCGAGGCCUAUUCAUCCCACUGGUCUGAAUGUGGUGUGUGAAGUAUUAUGGAAGUAUGAAGGCAACCCGUCUGUCUAGAGAGGCUAACAGCAGUAACAUCUCGGGCUUCUAGAAGGAACCAUAAGCCAUUUAGGUGAUGUGGCCAGGUGCUUUAAACUACCAAGCUCAUUAAGUAUUCCCAAUUUUUUGUUUUUUUACUGGUGGACUGUUACUGUGAGUGAAGUGGGGGGAGGGAUGAAGACAGAGAGAAAGAGAGAGAGAGAGAGAGAGAGAGAGAGAUAGACUGAGGGAAGUCAAGAAGGGAAUGAAAGAGAUACUACAGGAAGGAACUCUGUUGAAUGGAAUGAGAGAUAUGGACAGGCAAACUGUACAGUAGGUUAUCUUGUCAUUAUCUUGUCAUCUUGUUCUGAAUCUGAUUUGGAACUCAUGCUAAGACAGAGAUGCCAUGCAAAGUGUGUAGAAUGAGAGUCACUUGCACAGUCUCAGUUAGCCUGGUCUCAUUUCUGUUUGCGCUGUCUUGUCAACUCUAAUGACCGUCUAAGAGUUGCCAAGACAGCACAAACAGAUCAGGGACCAGGCUACAAUCGUGCACCUUUUAAAGUAAAAGAGGUUCAUCAAUAAAUAAAUCUAACAAGAAUUCAACAUUUGCUAUUAUGCUUUUAGCUUUUAUUAAAUAGACAAAAACCCUUUGAAGAAGGAAGGAACUGAAACUUUAAUUAGGAACUGUAUGGUGUUCUGUCUGUUGGAGUAUUGAGGAGCUGAGCUGUCAAAUGUAAAACGCACGAGAUAUGAUGUAAACUACACAACGCCUUGUUUAAUAUUGUUCUCCUCUGUAGUCAGCUGUAAAUACAUUCAAUAAAACAGUCUGUAUUUC